GCCAUUUGCAACACUGAAAACGUAUACAAACUCCUCAACACUUCGUACAACGCUGUGUCAGUUAUUUAUAUUUCAAGUGAAUACUUGGACCAUUAACAGGAGCCAUGAAAACGAAGCCAAAGCAAUUGCUAGAAAUAUAUAUGUUUGGUGUAAUUAUCUUCGUGGUAGCUAUUGUUGUAAUCGAUGCGAUUGCCUUGCUGCAAUAUUACACACUUACUAGUUUAAAACAAAAGUAUCCAAAAUUUUAUGACACACCAACAGAUGAGUAUAUGCCUUUAAUCUUUCGGCAUACCAAUAUGUCCAUGGGAUCAAAGCAAAUGGACACUUCCGGUAUCCAGGGCUCUAAUGAUGUAACGAUUGAGAAUUAUGAUGGAAAAUAUAAUGUCUCAUCAAACGACAUUCAGUUUAGACAAAAAAGUCUAAAAUCUGUAGAUACGACAGCAGAUGAAAAAAUGACGCUUGCAGCAAAAACGUUUUCUGAAAAAAUAAGUGAGGGGGCUUUGAAUAUAAAUGAAGGUAAAACGCAUCGGAUAGCCUUGUACGGAGUUCAGCAUCCGGUUCUACGCCACAGGAUAUUGAGUAUGAAAAUGUCAUCGUGUUAUACAUAUAACAACUGUAGGUUUUUCUAUAUAGAAGGACUAGGAAUGGAAAAAGUUGAAGCUGAUGCAGUUAUAUUUGAUGAACGGAAUAUUCCUGAAAUACUUCCUGCGCACUCGAAUAAAAACCAAGUGUUUAUAUAUACCGAGCUAGAGCCACCACUAUUUAACCAUAAAACGAAUCUAGAUAGAAGAAGAUUCUUUAAUUAUUUCAAUUAUACAAUGACAUAUAGAUUAGAUUCUACCAUCCCAUUCCCAUAUGGUUCAGUAGUUUUGACAUCUGUCGAAGUUGAUGCUGUUAGGAAGUUAUUUGAAACCAAAGGGUACUUCGAAAGCGCCAACAGAGCUGUUGCCCAACUUACUGAUAAUCAGGACAAUGUUAGAAAAAAUUACAGACAUAUAUUUCAACAGAAACAUAAACAGGUGGUCUGGUUUGUAGGUCGUUGUACUACUGCCAGUAAACGGGAACAGUAUGUUAAAGAAAUGAGGAAAUAUAUAGAUAUAGAUGUAGUUGGCGCGUGCAAUUCAGAAAACCUAAAUAUAUGUCAGAAUGAAAGCAAACUCGAAUGUGAAUACAGAAUUUCCCCCAUUUAUAAAUUUUAUAUUGCAUUUGAAAUCUCGUUUUGCAAUGAUUAUAUUACUGAAAAAACUUUCAGAUGGUUUAGUCGGGAUAUUGUCUUAGUUGUGCGAGGUGCAAGAAAUUACGAUAAAUUUCUGCCGAAAGGCACAUAUAUUGAUGCAGAACAAUUCAGAUCACCUAUGGAAUUAGCACUUUACCUUACUGAACUAGGCUCAGAUGAAAUGCGAUACACCGAGAUCCUUAGGCGGAAGGGAAAUUACAAAGUUAUAGAUACCAAAACACACGGACAGAUGUCGUUUUGUAAUUUAUGUUAUAGACUUAACAACAUCGCUCAUUAUAGAAAUGUAAUUGCAGAUAUGAGCAAUUGGCGGAAAGGAAAUACUUGUGAAAAUGCUAGUGAUAUGCUUACUUCAAAGGAAUAACUGAGUAUCGAUUUGGUUUCUAUUUCAUUAUGUGGUGUUCUAUAAUGUUAGCUAACUUAUUUACCUAUAUAUUAACUUACAUGAUACGCCAGAAAUAAUAAACCAGUCAGGAUGACACCACUCUUUAAAAAAAUGGAAAACAAAACAUACUGAAUAUGUUUCAAAACCAACCAAAUGUUUACCAAAUAACAAGAGAGGACUUCAAUCCAGCAUUCAUGUAUGUAUUUUAUUAUCUAAAAUGUACAUAUUGGGAAAUAAAAUCUGUUUCAACCAAAAUAUCAAAAUUAGUAAUUUAAGGAUAUGGUCUAAAUUUAGCAUUCUGAAGUAAAACAAAGUCAUUAAAGAUAGCUGACUACGUCUGCAAAAUAUGAUGAUGUUUGCAAACGGACAAAGCACACUUAGAUUUUUUUAAAUCAACAAAUUUAAGUAAACUUUCAAACAAGCCAAAAAGAAGUGCAACAUAAUGUGACCUUUUAUUUAUGUCUGAAAAUAUUCUAUGCAAAUUUAGAACUGUAAAAUCUAAACAAAAAACUUUAUAAAAAAUUACAAAAUGUGUAUCUCUUUGUAUGGCAUUUGCUAAAAUUUCGUUAAUGAAAAUAUAUUUUGA